AUGGCCCCAGGCUUGCCCAAUCCUCUCCCCUGGCACAGCCCUGCUCUGCCCACCUUCUUUGUCGGGGCAGCAUAUAUUAGCAGCAGCCAGUCCUGCAGAGGAGUCAGACAUCUUCCUGCACUGAAUCAGAGAGUGAUUGCAGCUACACAGCAUCCCAUUGACUUCAUACAGGAUUUAAGAGACGUGCUACGAAAAACUAGUGACAGGACCCAAUCAGAGAUGAAGCUUCUUGCAAUCGCCGUCGUCAUCGUCCUUCUUACAACAGCCUCUGCUAAGCCGUUUCGUGGCCGUUGGGGUCAUAAGGGUGACAUCCGAGAUAACGGUAACAAGUAUCGGAAACAAGGAUGGGUUAAGUGGUGGAAUUGGUGGUGUAAUCAAACUUCCAGCGAAGAGGGCUCUUCCUCAGACCACUCUGAGGAAUCUAGUGAAUCCUCUGAAGAUUCAUCUGAGGAAGUUCUAAUCCCUGAUCUGACCACACCGGUCAUGACCACCACUACCACCAUGUCAACUAUCACUACCCAAGACAAGAGCACCCUCUCCCCUGGACCGGUGACAGUAACUACACAUCAGCCAACUGCGUCGCCCCCGGCAACCACACCAACCACACCUGUCAUGGUCACGUCACCCAUCAGUGUGACCCAGAAUGUGACACAGGGGAGUCCAACAGCAGCUCCCAUUACAGACAACAGAGGAGACUCUUAGGUCCAGUUGAAAGAGUUGAAUACAAUGGGUCUUAUAAUUUUAGGAAGCAAAUGGUUAACUGGUUAAUAUAUAAGUACAAAUAGUGAUCAAGGCAAUUUUGAAAGAAAAAAACAUUCUAGGAUUAUGGUAAGAUAAUGGUAUUUUGAGUUUGGAUGUUUUAAAUUUCUGCCCUAUUGGCUACUGUAAACGCUAGGGGUGUAAAGGUACACGUACUCGGACCGGACCGUUUCAGUACACGCGGAACAGAAGUUCUUUAAUCUGUGUUCCCACACGGACCGUAAAGUGGAAGCACACCUCAGUGUGAAGGAAGGCUGCGGCCACAGAUAUGGGACACAACUUUUAGUUAGUAACUUGUAAAAAAGUUCAAACAUAUACUGUGCAAAUUGUGCAGAUUACUAGUUCCUCGAGCCCUGUCGGUUUGGACAGUUGCAUAUAAUCAGGAUGGAGUUCUUUUUACGGACUAACUCUUAAGUUUCGUUUUCAUUUUCAGCGAUGAUCCCGCUCCAACAGCGCUGCUGCGUGAAAGGGGAGACGCGUCUGUGUGGGAGCAUAACCUGCAGCAUGAUAGAAUGAACACCCUCCCUCCCCAACAGAAAACCUUUUGCUAGUAAUUCUGAACGGGCCAAAGCCACAACAAAUGCUAUUGAAGUUCUUAUAUCGACAGUCCCAGAUGUGAUUCGGUUUAUUAUGUGCUCAAAGGGCAUUCAAAAAACUGUUGGCUUAAUAAACUAAAAGGUGUCACUGUAAUUUAAAAUAAACAUUUUUACAUAUAGGCUAUAUUAAUUACUUCAUUUCAUUCUAAAAUAUUUUAUUUCAUUCAUAUCUUUUAUUUAUUGGAGACUGUUUUGGUUGAAGGACGCAGCAUAGGUUUUUUUUUUAUUUUUAGUUUUUUUUACAAUGUUUAAUUUAAAAUGUUAUUAAAAAGUAACCUGAGCAGGUAUACAAAUCUGUACUGUCGAUGCUGCACUUAGCCCAAUGUGUAAAAGGGAAAUUCUAAAUGUUCCUAACAAAGAAAAAAAAAAGUGUUGCAUCAGGUCUCUUGGCUGUACCGAAAAUGAAUCGAAGCUUCAAAACUUGGAACCGUACCGAACCGAAAUUUUUAGUAAACGUCAAUCCAUAUCCUAGCCUUUUCAUGGGGACUCUAAAGCAGAUGUUUUUUUCAAUUGGCAGUUUUUAAAGGUUAAGAGUUUUAGUGAUGCAACUGUUGGGUAUGUUGAAGUUUUAAAGUGGAAGAUUUUCAGUUUUUAAAUGUCCGAUAUGAAGUGCAUUAUCAAAAACUAUGUUUUCCUAUGAAUGUUGUUAUAUUAUAAUUUUACUUCAAGUAUGUAUUCAGCUGUAUUAUUAGAAGUAUAAUGAUGGGUAUUUCUCCCCUGAUAGUUACAUGAAGUGUUCUAGCCAUCAAAUAUUAAUGAUACAGAGCAAGUUGUGACAGACCAAUCAGAAUUCUUUAUCAUGUUUAUCUCAAAGGAUUCAGGAUAGGACAAGCAGGACACUUUGGUGGAUUUCUUCCAGUGUGCCAAGUCCAGUGGUUUUACAUAGAUGUGCUCUUUGAAGUAUUUAUCCUUUUUAAAAAAAAAAUGUAUGAAUAAUUCCUCUAUUGUGGCACCUGAAGUGUGUGCGCAGACUUGAAAGGGUGUGUCCUGUUUGUCUUGUCAGCUCUUGUCUUUUGUCAGUACGUGCUGAGUAAGAAAUGGCUGAGUUAUUACCACAGUGGGUUGUUUUAAUUAUGGGCAGUGAAUUCUUCUUUUCUAAAAUUAAAUAUGGUUAAGAGGGCAGAAUCUUCGUGUUGUUUGUUUGUGUUUGGUUUAACAAGUGUUGGGCUUCAUGAUGUUAAACUGGAUUUGAAGUGUAAUUGAAUGUGUUGAUUAUUUCACCACUGCCUUUUCUUCAGUAGAAAAAUAAAGUAUCUUAUAUGAAAUUCA